AUACUCCAGCCGCGCAGUCUCCCGCGCAGCGCCGUCCUAUUUAAGGCUACGAGCUCCACCCUUUUCCGCCCCUUCCUUCAUUUUCACUUUUUUCCAUCCUCCUUUUUAUCACCGGAGGAGCCGCAUGUACGGGCGGAGCAUCGACUGCUUCCCUUCCAGCCAAUCACCACUAGGCUAUCUCCCUAUUGGCCGAGCCCCCGCACGCUGUAGCAAAUGGACUGUGAGUGUCUGUAUCUAGAGUCACGUGUUGCCGGCAAGCUAUCCAAUGAGAGCACAAGGUCUGUGUACGCAGGGGGAGGCACGUGCAGAGCCGCACGUGUCUGGGAGGGGGAAGGGGCGGUACCCACAGAGUGAGGCGGAGGUGGGUCGGCUAGACUUGGCACAGUCGUUGAAGGAGCUGGAUACUGACCGAGGCUGAGCCGGCAGACCCAGUUGCAGGUUCUGAUCUUUGGUACUACGGGAGCUGCUCUUCAGCCCCUGCUCCUGGACUUAUGGAUUCUCCAUCUAGCGUUUCUUCUUAUUCCUCCUCCUCUCUCUCCUCGUCAUUUUCUACAUCCCCUGUGAACAGUGACUUUAGCUUCCCCUCUGAUACUGAGAGGGAGGGCAAAAGCUCCCAUGGGCUCAGGCCAGACGCUGUUGGGCAAAGGGGAUGUUCCCAGCCCAGUCCAGGUCCUAUCCGAUGCAGACAUCGACCCAGGGUUUCUAGUAACCAACAUACAGCAUCUCACCUGGAACAGCGAGGAUCUAGGGUCAGAGGAUCCAGACACUGUGAACUGGAGACCAGUCUACACACCCAGGAAUGUACCACAGAAGGAGACCUGCUUUUUGCUCAAAAGUGUAAAGAACUCCAAGGGUUCAUACGGCCCCUUACAGACCUACUGAAUGGACUAAAAAUGGGCCGCUUCCAUAGAGGAUUGAGUAGCUUCCAGCAGAGUGUGGCCAUGGACCGGAUCCAGCGUAUAGUGGGUGUUUUGCGGAAGCCUCAGAUGGGAGAACGUUAUCUAGGAACCUUGCUUCAAGUGGAAGGGAUGUUAAAGACUUGGUUUCCUCAUGUAUCUGUCCAGAAGUCAUCCUUAGGAGGUAGCGGGCAUCAGGUAAACAAGCACUUCCCAAGCCACCACAGUGACUCAGCUGCUUCCUCUCCUGCUGCACCUCUCACAGAGAAGAUGGGCCAAACACAGCUAGGACAUUUCAUUUUGAAACCAAAGCAGCCUUGGCAUCUCACAGAAUGGCCGUCUAUGAACCUCACCUGGAUUCACAGCACUCCAAUUUCUAACCCUCCCCUCGGCUCCCAAGGCUCCACCCCUGUGCACAGUUCCUCAGGCGCUGGGGACAGCAUUGGUGUCAUCCUUGUCCUCCAGAAAGGAGGGCAGCCCUUCCCCCACUCUGCCCCAGACACUCCAGUUCCACCAACUACACUGCCUCUUGUCAUCCCUGGCAAGCUGAAGAAACUGUCUGGAGAGGGGCCUUGUUGCCACAGUUUGCCAGUAACCCUGCCAUCAGACUGGAGCUGCACCGUCUGUCCCCCUGUCCUACCUACCACAGUCAGAGAGAUGACGACAGCAGCACACUCAGAGCCACAGAUGGCCAGCCAUCCUGUCGUUGCCCCUGCUCCUUAGCCCCUGACCCAAGCUUUA